GCUUUGAGGGAGCCGCUCUUCAUUGGUAUCUGAAUCGUGUACAGGCCGCUAAUAUUGCUAACCAACAACACGUAUUCGCUGACUGGACAGCCUUCGCUAAUGCACUCCGUGCUGCAUUCCAACCUCCUAAUCACCAACAAUACCUCCGUCAACAACUGAAGAAAUUGCGACAAACUGGAUCAGUACAAGAAUACGGUAUGCGAUUUCGAAACUUGUUGGGACAAAUAGAGGGAAUGGGAGAUCUAGACCAGGUUGCGUACUUUAUUGAAGGCCUCAAACCAGCCACCCGAAUGGAAGUCAGUUACCAAGCUCCCACUGAUUUUGAGACAGCCUGGACACUUGCUGUUCGAUAUGAUAUCGCCAUGUACGGAAUAGGGAAACCUACGCAACGUCAUAAUAAUAAUGAAAAUCUAUCAUCGCUACGUCAUCAUCGUGACCGCCGAUCACCAUCACCGAAUAAUAACAACCAAUCAACUCCGAUGGAAAUUGAUCAAGUCGAGAAAAGACAAUCAUUGUCAUCCGAAAAUAGAAAGAAAAAGCAGCUAUGCUAUAACUGUGGAAAGCCCGGUCACUUUGCGAACGUAUGUCGUAGUAAGCGAAAUACUACCGUUAAUCGAAUUGAAGAAUCUCGUACUCCGUCACCCACCGCUGAAAUCGGUCGUCUUGAAGAUAACAAGGAAGAAUUAUUACGAUUUAAUGGAAAAAUAAACGGAAAACCCGCCUGGAUCCUGCUCGAUAGUGGAGCAUCAAAAAAUUUCGUCAGUAAGAAAUUCGCGCAAACACAUCGUCUAACAGAAACACCAACUCCAAAACUGACAGUAGAACUAGCCGAUGGACGAAAGACAGAAGUUGAGAGUAAAGUUGAAAUGCACGAAUUAGAAUUGAGCAAAUAUCGAACCUCUGGGAUUUACGGACAACGUACGAUUAAAGUCAAAGCAACACCUCAAAAGACAAUCACAGACGCCGAAUGUUCAACCACUUUUAUUUCUCGUCAACAACUAGCACGAACGUCGGAUGAUGCCGAAUUAUUUGUUAUUUACGCCGCCGACACCGAAACACCGAAUACACAAUACGAAAACGUCGAGUCAAACUCUGACCCCGAAGAACAAGCCAUAUAUACCGAAUUUGCUGAUGUAUUCCCUGACGAAUUACCAAAUAAGCUACCGCCUAGUCGAACCAUCGAUCAUGCCAUUGAAUUAGUCCCUGGAGCUGAACCGCCAUCUAAAUCUACAUACAAACUCUCUUACGUCGAGAUGAACGAAUUAAAGAAACAACUCACAGACCUCUUGAGUAAAGGAUUUAUCAAACCGAGUACCUCACCCUAUGGCGCACCUGUAUUAUUCGUACACAAAAAGGAUGGAACUUUACGUCUUUGUGUUGAUUAUAGAGCGUUAAAUAAGGUAACAAUCAAGAAUCGAUACCCAUUACCACGUAUUGAAGAACUUAUGGAUCGUCUAGUUGGAAGUAAAUACUUCAGUAAGAUUGACCUAUACUCUGGCUAUCAUCAAAUCCGAAUAAAAGAAGAAGACAUUCCGAAAACCGCUUUUCGUACAAGAUACGGCCACUAUGAGUUCUUAGUCUUACCAUUUGGUCUUACUAAUGCUCCCGCUACAUUCAUGACGCUUAUGAACGAUAUUUUUCGAGAAUACUUGGACAAUCGUACUAGAAAAGAACAUUUAAAACAUGUUCGUAUCAUCCUCCAAACACUUCGAAAGCAUCGACUAUAUGCUAAAGCAAAGAAAUGCGAAUUAUUUCGUAAGAAGGUAGAAUAUACUGGACAUUUUGUAUCUGAAGAAGGAAUUACAGUCGACCCAAGAAAAGUUGAUGUAAUUAAAAAUUGGUCUACACCUACCAAUACCUCCGAAUUAAGAUCAUUCUUAGGGCUCGCCAGCUAUUAUCGAAAAUUUGUAUCAGGCUUUUCAGCAAUCUUCCACCCAACACACACCUCCGCAAGUGCCCCGACAAUAGCCAAAAUAUUCUUUGCUACAGUAUUUGAGAACCAUGGAUUACCUCGAACUAUUAUUUCAGACAGAGACUCCAAAUUCACCAGUCGUUUUUGGCAGGCACUAUUCAAACACCUCGGAACAAAAACCGCAAUGUCAACAGCAUUCCACCCUCAAACGGACGGACAGACUGAGCGACUCAAUAGGACGUUAGAAGAAAUGUUACGUAUUUAUGCUACAUACAAGCAAGACGAAUGGGACGAAUAUUUAUCUGCUGCAGAAUUCGCGUAUAAUAAUUCUAAACAAGCGUCGACAGGAUUUACGCCGUUCGAGCUUGAUAAUGGUCAACACCCUCAUACGCCUAUUACACUGGCCAAAAAGAGUAUUACUAACGUAGCGGCAGCGAAUGAUUUUAUUGAACAUUGGAGUAAUAUGAUAACGAUCGCUAAAGAUCAUUUACGGGAAGCCCAAGAAAGACAAACAAAAUAUGCUAAUAAUCAUAGACGACAUUUAGUGUUCAAAACUGGUGAUCAAGUAUUACUCUCCAUGAAAAAUACUAAUAACCCAGUUGACAGAAAUCGACCCACAAAGAAAUUGACUCCGAGAUUUAUGGGACCAUACACAGUUAUACAAGUUAUUUCGCCAGUAGCAUAUAAGCUGAACCUUCCCGAAACAACGAAGACUCACCCUAUCUUUCAUGUCUCACUUUUAAAACCAUAUCAACACUCACCCGACGAAUUUGCGAGACCGACACCACCACCACCAGCCAUUGUCGAAUCUGAUACUGAACGAGAAGAAUAUGAAGUCGAGACGAUAUUAGACAAAAGGAUUAUCCGAAAGAAAAUACAAUACUUGGUUAAAUGGGUCGGAUAUCCAUUACACGAUGCAACAUGGGAACCUGUGCAGAAUUUAUCAAACGCGCCGGAAAGAAUUAAGGAAUUCGAAUUGACGAGGAC